UAGUUCUGUUCUUCUGUCUCUCAGCCUCCUCUUUGUUUAAGCUCUCUCAAAGCUCAUGUCGCUUUGGUCGUCUUUCUCAGCUAUCAAGCUUUUUGUGGACGCCGCUCCUGAUUCACACCAGCUCUGAUCUUCUUUUUUUUCUUUUCAAAGUUUUUGUUUGGAUCAGAUUUUGUUAGUUUUUGCUAUUUCAUUCUUGAAAGAUUUGAAAGAAGCGAAACUGAUUUGUUUCUUGGGGUUGAGACGGUUUUACGAUCGGCAUAAUCAAAUUCCAAGAAGUGGGUUUUGUGUGAAGGAUGCGCCUAACUGCUACACGUAUUGAGCAAUCUUUGGGAGGUAUUUGAAGUUUUCUUUGCCGGGAUUUUUGAACUAUGGGCAGAGGUAGAGGUAAAGGAAAGAAGCAAACUGUUAUUGCUUCUCGCGAUGAUACUGGAAGUGGUGAAGAAGAGAAAAUUCCAGCGUACAGGAGGAGAGGAAGGCCACAAAAACCAUUGAAUGAUGAUAUUGAAGAUAGAGCUGAGAAGAUAGGAGAAGAUGGUGAAGAUGCAAAAGAUUCUAUCACUACCAAAGAUAUGAAAAACCAGGCUGCCAUCAUGAAUGGUAGGAAGAGAAAGAGGUCAGCACAUUUGAAAGAAAAUCUAGAUACCGUUAAAGAGGAAACAGCUGUGGGAACAAAGUUGAGCUCUGAUGACUCAACAAAGACUGUCGGAUUCAGGCAAAAUGGGAGAAAGCGAAAAAACAAGCCGCGGAGGGCUGCUGAAGUCGGUUUUGACUUUUGAGUGUACGUAAGGUUCUUUUUGCUUGUUGUGAUGGUAUUCCUUCUUGGACAGCUCAUUUGUCUGGAUUACUGCUUAUUAGCUUAGGUAUGGCUCCAUUUGCCUUCUGCUCUAAUAUUUUUUGAUUCUCAUUCUUAUGAGCUGUAUAAUUUUGAGUUGGAGGCUGUGAAACAGAUUAUACUGCUUACUCCUCUAUGAAGUUAUCACCUUUUUGAGCUUAUUCCUUUGUUUUUUGGUAAUGCAAUUUGUUACGAGUACAGCAAGCAGAGAUGGUUCAUAUA